AAGAAACGCGAAGUAUAGAUAUCGUAUAGAUAUCGUUUACUACAUUCAACCAAGGACAGUGUAUACUCAGCGAUGAAGAAGAAGGUGUUCGCAUCCUAGUAUCGCAUAAUAUACAAAUAUGUCCAUGCAAACAAUCAAGUCGGCUGAAAUCCUACAGAUCAGCGAGAUCCGACAGCUUGCGGACAACGUGGACGGCUAUUCAGUGCGUACCAUUGGAAAGGUAAUAGCAGUCAAUCUAAUUGGAGACUGGGUGACAAUAGCUCACAAUGGAUGGGAACUGCGCAUUGAUACGUCGCUGCUGGAACCCCUAGCCUACAGAGAGAAUAGCCUUUACCAAUUUAUUGGCGAGCUGCAAGUGUUGAAGUUGAAGAACACCGUACCAAACGAGGCACGGGAUGACGGCAGCAUUGCUCUCAAGGCACGCAUCGGGCGGUGUGUGGAUGGCAUGGAUUUGGGUCUUUAUAUGGAAGCCCUGAUGCAACGAAGGAAAUACUUGCAAGCGGAUCACGAGCUGAUGCCUGAGUGA